AUGCAAAACCAACAGCAGCGUCUUCCCCAGAGCAAACCAGGGAUCUUCACGGGAUCGGAAGAAGACAAAACCACUUUCUUCCUGUGGCAAAAUGCCUUUGAUGCUUUAGUAGACUCUGUUCAUAUACCUGCCAAGCAAAAGUUGUACUUAUUAAAUCAACACUUGGCCGGAAAGGGGAAAAAGGUUGUCGAGCAGUUGCAAUACAUGGUUGAACAGCCAGAAGUUGCUUAUACUGAGGCUCGGAAGAUACUUAAAGAAAGGUUUGGGAACAACGGGAUAAUUGGUGUAAAUUUUGAAAAACGCUUGGCUACUUGGCCUAAAAUAAAUCCUGGUGAUGCUGGUGCAUUGCAAGAAUUUAGUGACUUUCUUCGUCAAGUUCAAAUUGCAAGCAAGCACAUAGUGAGUUUGAAAGUCUACAACUAUCCCUCACAGAUACAACCACUGGUAGAGAAACUCCCUAGCUGGUACAAGUCGAAGUGGUCUGAGAGAGUGAUGAAAUUUCAAAAGGUCAAUGGAAAGGAAACAUUCCCUUCAUUUGAAGAGUUUGUAAACCACGUGAGUCACGAGGCAGAACGAGCCAACAUCCCUCAGCUAUCUCCUAUCACCGUAUCCACACCUAAGAAGGCUAGAGAUACAAGCAGGCGCCGCCCGCCUGCAACCUUCAUUACUGCUCUUGCAUCAUCAGCAUAUGAAUCAGGCUCUCACGAUUCGUCACCAUCCGAUAUCUUAGACUACCCACUAAACCAACGAUGUUCUGUUUCUACCACGAAAGAUCUUCUAAUUCUUUAA